AUGGACGCGGACGAGCUCCUCGCGCGGUCGCUGCAGCAGGAAGAGAACGCGCUCGCGGCGGCCGCGUCCGCGCGCGACGACGACGUGCACGCCGCGUUCGCGUCCCGGCUGCGAGGCGGCGUGGAGACGGUCUCGAGGCAUCACGACGAUCUCGCGAAAGCGGUCGCCCUGAGCGUCGUCCCGCUCGACCGGCUCGACGCGGAGGCGCGCGCGCUCGUGACGGCCUCGCGCGCCGCCGCCGCGGCCGCCGCCGCCGCGGCCGCGGACGCGUCCUCGCCCUCGCCGUCGCCCGCCGCGAAGGAGAUAUCGCACGAGGACGCGCGGCUUCUGCGGCUGCUUCGAUGGUUCAAGCGCGAGUUUUUCCGAUGGUGCGACGCCCCGCCGUGCGACGUCUGCGGCGCGUCCGGUCCCGAGCUCGUCUCCUGCGUCGGGAUGACGCCCCCGACCGCGAAUGACCUCGCGCACGGCGCGUCCAGAGUCGAGGCGUACGCGUGCGCCUCCGCGACGUGCGACGGCGCGGUCACGACGCGGUUCCCUCGGUACAACGACGCGUCGAAGCUGCUCGAGACGCGACGCGGACGCUGCGGCGAGUUCGCCAACGCGUUCGCGCAGCUGUGCGUCGCGCUCGGGUACGACACGCGGUGGGUCAUCGACUGGGAGGACCACGUCUGGUGCGAGGUGUUCAGCGCGUCGCAAGGGCGGUGGCUGCACUGCGACGCGUGCGAGGACGCGUGCGACCAGCCGCUGUUGUACGAGAAGGGAUGGGGGAAGAAACUGUCGUACGCGAUCGCGUUCGGACGCGGCGGCGUGAAGGACGUGACCAGACGGUACGUCGUCGACUUCGACGCGACGGUCGCGGCGAGGACGCGC